AUGAGUGUCAGGUGGGAGUCGGAGGGGCUACAGACUGUUGGGAUCGUCUGCCUUGUAUUAAUGUUCCUCAAACUGAUGCACCUACUGGGACUCAUCGACAUCACAGAGACCGGUGAGAGAGAGGGGGAUGGAGGGAGAGAGAGAGAAAGGGAGAGAGGGCAAGAGAGAGGGAGAUUGAGGGAGAGAGGAGAGGGAGAGGUUGGAUGAGGGAGAGGGAGAGAGAGAGGUUGGAUGGAUGGAGAGGGAGGGAGAGCGGGAGAGAGAGAGGUUGGAUGGAGGGAGAGGGAGGGAGAGAGGUUGGAGGGAGGAUAGAGGGAGAGAGGGCAACAAACUGCAUUUAUGAAGAUUCUGUCUAUUCCUCUCUUGUUCUCCCUAGCCAGUAUCUGUGUUCCACAAUGUCUGACUUGACUUGACCAUGUUCUCUGUUUUUUCCCUCCCUUUUCUCAUUGUCUCUCUAUACCUCUCUUUACUUCAUUUACUGUCUUUACAUCUCUCUAUAUCGUUCUUUCUCACACACACUCUCUCUGUUUUGUGUGUUAAAAGAUGGUAAGUAUGGAAACAGUAGAAAUCUCUUGGUUUUUAGAAACUGCACCUCCUUUUUGAUCUAUGUCUUGCUUUUCUUUCUCCCAGUCUUAGUGCUUUCUCUUACAGUGUUUGAAGGAGUAGGACUAAUACACCUCAAACAGUGUUAUAGUCAACAGUCUUAGUCAUGGCUAUAGUUGGAUUGAUUUUUUCACUAUUACUAAUCUGGCACCUGUUCACUCAAAUCGAAUCAGUGAAUACUAACAUAUAAAUGAGUUUCUUUGCAAAGAUCACACUAUAAAAGAAGGUACCUCCCUCUCUUCAUUUUUAUCUUGCUCUUUUGCACUUUUUUGCUAACUCUUUCUUGAUCUCACCCCUUAAAUGUGUUAUCCCUCCCUCUCCUCUCUUUACCCGCUUGCCAAUGCAAGUCAUCCAUAUAACAUCCCUCUGAUCUAUUAUCUGUUUGAGCUCCCAUCGCGUCUCUAGCUACUUUCCACCUCUCCCCUCUUAUCCCUCUCCUUCGUCUCUAAUCCACCUUCUCUGCUCAGUCUGCUCUCUACGGCUCUCUCUUCUCUUCUCUUUCUCUUCUCUCUCUCUCUCUAUCCUAUCUCUCUCUCUCUCUCUCUCUCUCUCUCUCUCUCUCUGCUCUCUCUCUCUUCUCUUAUUUCCCUCUGUCCCUAUCCCUUAGGGGGUUGUAUUUACAGACAGUAGUGAGAGUGAUUUGGAGCUAUCAACGGUUCGUCACCAGCCAGAAGGCUUGGACCAGCUGCAGGUUCAGACCAAGUUCACCAAGAAGGAGCUCCAGUCUCUAUACAGGGGCUACAAGAACGUACGUAGUGGAACAGAGAGAAUGGGGUGGGGAUGCUGCAGGACUGGGACUGUAGAGGUUGAGCUUGGAUCAUUAUUUGUGGGCAGUUUGGAGUUUUACAUGAGAAUGUUGAAUAAAUGUGAUGGAGUAGAUUUGAGUAUAUGUACUUUAACAAUAAUAGACACAUGGCUUUACCCUGUACACCCCUCCUUCCCUCCCUCCCUCCCUCCCUCGUUCUCCCCCCUCUCUCUCUCUCUGGUAGGAGUGUCCCAGUGGUUUGGUUGAUGAAGAGACGUUCAAGACCAUCUAUUCUCAGUUCUUUCCCCAAGGAGGUGAGAGGAGAGAGCUACUUUAUCUCCAUUGACUCUCUGUCUCAUUGUGCCUGGAAUAUGAUAAUAGUACACCUGACACUGACAGAUUUAUAUUAAGAAUACCAGGAAAAGCUUAUAGUUGCCGAUAAUUUUAAUGUCUUCCUACCCCCAACACUCUCCCCCUUCCCUCUCCCUCGUCUCCUCACCCCUCUCUCUUCCCUCUCUCCUUCUAUCCUACAGACGCCACCACCUAUGCACAUUUCCUGUUCAAUGCAUUUGAUAUGGACAGAAACGGCUCCAUUCGUUUUGAGGACUUUGUGAUCGGCCUGUCUGUUCUUCUGAGAGGGUCAGUCACAGAGAAACUCAACUGGGCCUUCAACUUGUACGACAUCAACAAGGACGGAUACAUCACUAAAGAGGUAAUCUGUGAUUGGCUACUAUAGAAACAUUGCAUAUCUAAAUGAUUGGCUAGCUUUAGAUACAUCACGGAAAACUACGACUCUCACUCUCUCUAUCGAUCUCUCUCAGGAGAUGCUGGCUAUUAUGAAGUCCAUCUAUGAUAUGAUGGGCAGGUACACCUACCCCAGUGUACGGGACGAGGCACCCUCUGAACACGUGGAUAAGUUCUUCCAGGUGCAUGCUGCGCUGUGCGCACAAACACACACACACACUUAAACACUGUUUACACACACACACCAAAAAAAAGCUGUUGUUCCCACUACACUUGCUCUCUUCCUCUUUCCUUACUUCCUUCCUUUCUGCCUCUCCCUUACCCCUACCUCCCUUUCUCCUUUCUUCAGAAAAUGGACAGAAACCGAGAUGGAGUGGUGACCAUUGAGGAGUUCAUUGAGACCUGUCAGAAGGUACCAAAGUUACAAAACAUACAUCAACAUUUCAGCACAUCUGUAUACCAGCUCAAUUUUGAAAUAAAUAAUAAAAGACAGAUGUUGUUAACAGUACUUGUAGUGGCUAUACUUAAGGCCUCCAUAACACCUUUAUGAUACCAGUUACCUUUAUGAGGUUUGCAGCAUCAUCAGUUACAAACCUUUUCACAUUUAACAAAUUUAUUCAACAUCAUUCAUAAGAAGUUUUCAAAAUAAAAGUCCCUUGAAAUGUAUCUUUUUUUAAAUCAUUGGAUUAUUUAACAGUGGACAUUUUUAUUUAUAAUGCCACAGUACCCAACCCUCUGACACACUGGUCACGUAACAGGCUGGAAGCAGGAUUAGCAGUUAGUGACUGUGUGCAUUGACUGUUUUGUAUCCUCUCUCGUGAUCUUUCAAUACGACAGGAUGCCACCUUGGAAUUAACCAAUAUUAUCUUAUUGAAUUAUACAUUUUCUGUUAGUGGGGUGACUAAGCAUAAUAAUCGUUGAGUUUGUGAUAAAAGCACAAAUUUGGCACAUAUUUAUAUUAAAUUGCCAGAAAAUACCGACCCUACUUUUACACUUCUUUACAGAGAGCUGCACUGGGGUCAGAACGCAAUCAUGGUUACAUUAAGACACCAUGGAGCUGGCGUGAGAUAUGGGUCGGAAAACAUACCUCAAUGCAGGGAUGGGAUAUGCUACUGUACUCCAAAUGUUAAUUCUAUCCACAUUGCUCCAUCGAGAAGAUUGAAAUACUGAUAGUUUUCCUGGAAAACUGCCCUUUUCAUCCUCAUGCUAGCUAGCCGUAGCCACCACAGCCAUUUUGGAAUGGCAGUGUCAGCCAUUCAGCUCCUUUGUUGUUCAACGCGACGUGCCAUUCCAUAAUGGCUGCUGUGGCUACUGCUAGCUAGUAUGAGGACGAAAAGGACAGUAUUUCAAUCUUCUCGAUGGAGCAGUGUGGAUAACUCUUUAGUAUUAUCCCAGUUUACCUAUUUGCUUAUGGUCUUGCCUAAGCCUAGCGAACAGUUUUUUAAAUUAUAUGAGAAAAAAAUAUUCCAUUUUAUUUUGAACGGCAAGCCAGACAAAAUUAAACGGGCCUAUUUAUAUAAUGAAUAUGAAUGAGGACAGAAAUUAUUAAAUAUUAAAGUAUUAGACCUAUCACUAAAAGCUUCAGUCAUACAAAAGUUAUACUUAAAUCCGAACUGGUUCUCUAGCAAAUUAGUAAGAUUGUGUCACCCAAUGUUCAAGAAUGGCCUUUUUCCCUUUAUUCAGAUUACAACCUCUCACUUUCAGUUAUUUGAAAAGGAAAUCAUCUCCCAAAUACCACUAUUUCUAAAACAAGCCAUAGAAAGUUGGUUGCAAUUUCAAUUUAAUCCUCCAGAAACGACAGAGCAAAUAAUGCAACAAAUAUUGUGGUUAAACUCAAAUAUUCUAAUUGACCAAAAACCUUUUUUUUUGACAAAAUGUUUUUAAAAGGUAUAAUCUUCGUAAAUGAUAUCAUCGGUAGAACUGGUGGAGUUAUGUCGCACAUGCAGCUAACAAAAACAUAUGGAAAUGUCUGCUCUACCCAAAAUUACAACCAAAUAAUUGCAGCCUUACCGCAAAAAUGGAAGAGGAAAGUGGAAGGGGGAGAAAGUAAGGAGCUUGUCUGUCGGCCUUGCAUUAAAGAACAUAAUUGGAAGGAAAACUGUGAUAAAUAAAAAAGUAUACCAGUUUCAUUUAAGGACCAUGUCACGAUUCUCUAAAGCAGAACCCAGAAGCAGACCAGGACAAGGUGAGUAGACAGAAGGGGAGUAUUUAUUUAACGACUCAAAUGUGGAAGCAGGAUAAUUCAGGAGACGGAGCGGGCAGCGGAGGUGAGUUGGUGGAAGUGAAUAGGCAGAUCCAAUGAUGUUACAGAACCCACCGACGACCAGGCAAGGGUGGAGUGAAUGUUCCGGGAGAAUAACUGUAGACAGAGUAAACGGAGGUAAGUACACGGCAAGCAAAAAGUACAAAACUAACUCUAGAAAACUUGAGGCUGAUACGCUGACACAACAUACUGUUCAUGGCUAACGAUCCGGCAGGGAAUGGAUGUCAGGUCAGAGCUUAUGAAGUGAAGAGGUGAUGAUCAGGACCAGGUGUGCAGAUAGCUGAAGAGAUGCAGGUGCGGGUAAUCGAGAGAUCUCCCGCCUAGCUUCGUCGCCCGGCAACCAGACAGGGUGCGUUCAGGAACCUUCAGGAAACAGACUCCAAGACAGAAAACAGGCAACUCAGGCAGAAACAGACUCAGGAAGCAGGAUUCAUGACAGACCAAAGGAUUGACAGCCAUCCCAUAUAGAUUGCAAAAUAGUUGGGAAGAGAUUUUUGACGUACCGAUCCCAUGGCAUAGUGUUUAUGAACUGAUACGCAAAACGACACCGGAUUCAAAACUUAGAAUCUUUCAAUUUAAAUUAUUAUAUAAAAUUCUUGCUACCAAUAGAAUGUAAUUUAUAUGGGGGAUACAAUCUUCCCAGCUCUGCAGAUUUUGCUGCGAAGAGACAGAAUCAUUAGAUCAUUUGUUUUGGUACUGUCCAUUUGUAGCUUGUUUUUGGACACAGGUCCAGGAAUGGCUAAAGGAUUGCAAUAUUUACCUGGAGCUAACCUUGCAGAUAUCAUUACUGCGUGAUCUGAAAAGUCAUAGUAAAUCGAUCAAUAAUAUAAUAAUACUUUUAGCAAAAAUGUUUAUUUUCAAUUCACAAUCUGUAGAAACAAUGAGAAAAGAAAGGUUCAGAAUUUUUGUAAAAUAUCACAGUACAGUUGAAAAAUAUAUGGCAAAUAGAAAUCCUACAGUAUAUGGAUGGUGUUAAGAGAUAGAUGGGAGGUGUUGAAUGGAGUUGAAGGAUGGGACUAAUAACAACUAACAACAAAUAAUAACAAGAUAACUAAUAAUGUAAGCAUACUGUGUCCAUAAUAAAUAAUAAGUAUAUAGGUUGUAGGUUGGGAGCUUUUGUGAAAUAGCACAGUUAGAAAGAUAUGCAUAUGUAGAUAUUAAGUAUAAGCUGGAAGUAGAGGCCUAAGCAUUGUUGUUCACUAGUUUACUCCAAGUAGGGAAAGGGUGGUGGGGUUGGAAAGUAAUAAAGGGGAAUAUAUAUUUUUAAAAGAUAUGUACAGUGAGGGAAAAAUGUAUUUGAUCCCCUGCUGAUUUUGUACGUUUGCCCACUGACAAAGAAAUUAUCAGUCUAUAAUUUUAAUGGUAGGUUUAUUUGAACAGUGAGAGACAGAAUAACAACAAAAAAAUCCAGAAAAACGCAUGUCAAAUAUGUUAUAAAUUGAUUUGCAUUUUAAUGAGGGAAAUAAGUAUUUGACCCCUCUGCAAAACAUGACUUAGUACUUGGUGGCAAAACCCUUGUUGGCAAUCACAGAGGUCAGACGUUUCUUGUAGUUGGCCACCAGGUUUGCGCACAUCUCAGGAGGGAUUUUGUCCCACUCCUCUUUGCAGAUCUUCUCCAAGUCAUUAAGGUUUUGAGGCUGACGUUUGGCAACUCGAACCUUCAGCUCCCUCCACACAUUUUCUAUGGGAUUAAGGUCUGGAGUCUGGCUAGGCCACUCCAGGACCUUAAUGUGCUGCUUCUUGAUCCACUCCUUUGUUGCCUUGGCCGUGUGUUUUGGGUCAUUAUCAUGCUGGAAUACCCAUCCACGACCCAUUUUCAAUGCCCUGGCUGAGGGAAGGAGGUUCUCACCCAAGAUUUGACGGUACUUGGCCCCGUCCAUCGUCCCUUUGAUGCGAUGAAGUUGUCCUGUCCCCUUAGCAGAAAAACACCCCCAAAGCAUAAUGUUUCCACCUCCAUGUUUGACGGUGGGGAUGGUGUUCUUGGGGUCAUAGGCAGCAUUCCUCCUCCUCCAAACACGGCGAGUUGAGUUGAUGCCAAAGAGCUUGAUUUUGGUCUCAUCUGACCACAACACUUUCACCCAGUUCUCCUCUGAAUCAUUCAGAUGUUCAUUGGCAUACUUCAGACGGGCAUGUAUAUGUGCUUUCUUGAGCAGGGGGACCUUGCGGGCGCUGCAGCAUUUCAGUCCUUCACGGCGUAGUGUGUUACCAAUUGUUUUCUUGGUGACUAUGGUCCCAGCUGCCUUGAGAUCAUUGACAAGAUCCUCCCGUGUAGUUCUGGGCUGAUUCCUCACCGUUCUCAUGAUCAUUGCAACUCUACGAGGUGAGAUCUUGCAUGGAGCCCCAGGCCGAGGGAGAUUGACAGUUAUUUUGUGUUUCUUCCAUUUGCGAAUAAUUGCACCAACUGUUGUCACCUUCUCACCAAGCUGCUUGGCGAUGGUCUUGUAGCCCAUUCCAGCCUUGUGUAGGUCUACAAUAUUGUCCCUGACAUCCUUGGAGAGCUCUUUGGUCUUGGCCAUGGUGGAGAGUUUGGAAUCUGAUUGAUUGAUUGCUUCUGUGGACAGGUGUCUUUUAUACAGGUAACAAGCUGAGAUUAGGAGCACUCCCUUUAAGAGUGUGCUCCUAAUCUCAGCUCGUUACCUGUAUAAAAGACACAUGGAAGCCAGAAAUCUUAUUGAUUGAGAGGGGCUCAAAUACCUAUUUCCCUCAUUAAAAUGCAAAUCAAUUUAUAACAUUUAUGACAUGCGUUUUUUUGAUUUUUUUGUUGUUAUUCUGUCUCUCACUGUUCAAAUAAACCUACCAUUAAAAGUAUAGACUGAUCAUUUCUUUGUCAGUGGGCAAACGUACAAAAUCAGCAAGGGAUCAAAUACUUUUUUCCCUCACUGUAUGUGUAUGUAUGUAUGUAUGUGUGUAUAUGUGUAUGUGUAUGUAUAUAUAUAUAUAUAUUUCCUACUUACAAAGCAUGUAGAGGUCUGUAAUUUUUAUCAUACGUACACUUCAACUGUGAGAGACAACAAAAAUCCAGAAAAUCACAUUGUAUGAUUUUUAAGUAAUUAAUUUGCAUUUUCUUGCAUGACAUAAGUAUUUGAUCACCUACCAACCAGUAAGAAUUCCGGCUCUCACCGACCUGUUAGUUUUUCUUUAAGAAGCCCUCCUGUUCUCCAUUCAUUACCUGUAUUAACUGCACCUGUUUGAACUCGUUACCUGUAUAAAAGACACCUGUCCACACACUCAAUCAAACAGACUUGUCACGGAUUCAGCCGAGGCUGCUCCUCCUCCUUGCUCGGGCAGGCUUCGGCGUUCGUCGUCCCAGGAGUACUAGCUGCUGCCGAUCGAUGUUUCGGUGUUUGUCUUGUUUGGUCUUUAUUGUUUACACCUGUUUCCCAUUAUGUUUUAUUGUGUUCCCUUUAUAACCCUCUGUUUCUCAUUGUGUAUUGUGCGUUAUUGUUUUGGUCUUUGCGGCAGUUGCCAUUGUGUGCGGGUCUUGUUAUUUCCCUCGCUGUUUGAGGUUGCCAGUGUACUUUGUAUUUUUGCACUGAAUCCAGUAAAGUUUCUGCCAGUAGCUCGGUGUCCUGCUCUUGACUUUGCCUACCGCAUACACGUCGCUGUGACAAGACUCCAACCUCUCCUCAAUGGCCAAGACCAGAGAGCUGUGUAAGGACAUCAGGGAUAAAAUUGUAGACUUGCACAAGGCUGGGAUGGGCUACAGGACAAUAGGCAAGCAGCUUGGUGAGAAGGCAACAACUGUUGGCGCAAUUAUGAGAAAAUGGAAGAAGUUCAAGAUGACGGUCAAUCACCCUCGGUCUGGGGCUCCAUGCAAGAUCUCACCUUGUGAGGCAUCAAUGAUCAUGAGGAAGGUGAGGGAUCAGCCCAGAACUACACGGCAGGACCUGGUCAAUGACCUGAAGAGAGCUGUGACCACAGUCUCAAAGAAAACCAUUAGUAACACACUAUGCCGUCAUGGAUUAAAAUCCUGCAGCGCACGCAAGGUCCCCCUGCUCAAGCCAGCGCAUGUCCAGGCCCAUCUGAAGUUUGCCAAUGACCAUCUGGAUGAUCCAGAGGAGGAAUGGGAGAAGGUCAUGUGGUCUGAUGAGACAAAAAUAGAGCUUUUUGGUCUAAACUCCACUCGCCGUGUUUGGAGGAAGAAGAAGGAUGAGUACAACCCCAAGAACACUAUCCCAACCGUGAAGCAUGGAGGUGGGAAACAUCAUUCUUUGGGGAUGCUUUUCUGCAAAGGGGACAGGACGACUGCACCGUAUUGAGGGGAGGAUGGAUGGGGCCAUGUAUCGCGAGAUCUUGGCCAACAACCUCCUUCCCUCAGUAAGAGCAUUGAAGAUGGGUUGUGGCUGGGUCUUCCAGCAUGACAACGACCCGAAACACACAGCCAGGGCAACUAAGGAGUGGCUCCGUAAGAAGCAUCUCAAGGUCCUGGAGUGGCCUAGCCAGUCUCCAGACCUGAACCCAAUAGAAAAUCUUUGGAGGGAGCUGAAAGUCCGUAUUGCCCAGCGACAGCCCUGAAACCUGAAGGAUCUGGAGAAGGUCUGUAUGGAGGAGUGGGCCAAAAUCCCUGCUGCAGUGUGUGCAAACCUGGUCAAGACCUACAGGAAACGUAUGAUCUCUGUAAUUGCAAACAAAGGUUUCUGUACCAAAUAUUAAGUUCUGCUUUUCUGAUGUAUCAAAUACUUAUGUCAUGCAAUAAAUUGCAAAUUAAUUACUUAAAAAUCAUACAAUGUGAUUUUCUGGAUUUUUGUUUUAGAUUCCGUCUCCCACAGUUGAAGUGUACCUAUGAUAAAAAUUACAGACCUCUACAUGCUUUGUAAGUAGGAAAACCUGCAAAAUCGGCAGUGUAUCAAAUACUUGUUCUCCCCACUGUAUAUAUAUAUAUAUAUAUAUAUAUAUAUAUAUAUAUAUAUAUAAACAUGGUGGAUUGGAAGUGAUGCAGACAAUUACAUUGAUGGAAGUUACAAUCUAUCUGCAAUAUUAAGCUGAUCUACCCCCUUAAAAAAAAAAAUAAAAAAAAAAUUGUGGAGUACAGUUACAUAUCCAAUCCCUGCAUUGAGGUACGUUUUCCAACCCCCAACAUCUUGCGCCGGCUCCACGGUGUCUUAAUGUAACCAUGAUUACAUUCCAACCCCAGUGCAGCUCAGUGUAAGAACAAUGAAUCUUAGACCCUUUUAUAAGCAUCUGAGUUGUUUGGAUUCAAAACCUAAGUUAACUGUGAACAUUAACUCUGUAACCCAUGAAAGUUACAACAGAUGUGGUUACUAAAACAGAAGGUAUUUCUGUUCCGAUUUCAGAUUUGAAUAGCAGAGAAGCAGAAUAAUAUUUCACAUGAUCUAAGUUUUUGUCUAACUUGUUGAGAAAGUAGUGAAAGUAGCUGAUUUAUGUCAAAAGUGGUUUACUGUGAAUAGAAUGUUGGAAGUCUGUGAGUUUUUAACAAUGGGACCUUUAGAAUGUUGAAGAAAUAGCAUUAAAGUGGAUGAGAUUUUUUGGGGGGAGGACAAAAAACGUAAUAGUUUAUAAGUAUUAUUGUUAUCAAAAAGUUGACUAGUCUACACAUUUUAAAGUUUCAAUGGCGUUUCUAGCAUAAACGGUGUACGAAAAAUAGCAUUUAAAAGAAUAAUAAAAAUACAAUAUUUUACAAUAUUUCAAGUAUAUUUACAAUAUUUAAAGUGAGACUUUUGCUGUCGCAAGUCACAUUAUUACAAUAUUCUACAAACUCCCAGAUUUAAAAAAAAAAAAAGUGUUUUCCAGGGUUGUGAUCAAUUCCAUUUUAAUUCCAGGAAGUACCCUGUCAUUCCAAUUUAAAUUCUCUUCAAUGCUUUUCAAUUAGGAACAUUUGGAAUUUGGAAUUGGAAUUUGGUUUACUUUCUAAAUUGACUUGAAUUUAAAUGGAAUUGACCCCAACUCUGUUAUUUUCUAAAUGUCAGAUUGUUUUGAUAAGAUGUCACUAGGGUCAGACUGGGACCCUGGAGAACCAUGUUAACAAGAGAAAGCAGUAGGGGUGACACUGUUUUUUCUUGUCAUCUCUCUCUGGGAACCCAGAGGGGAAUCUAAUCAAAUCUUAGUGGAAUCAGUAGUGGUAAGAAAAUAUGUGGCUAAACACUGGUCGCCAUUCGCUGUGAAUAAACUAACGCUCCCUUCCUCUCAAUGCAUUUUUCCGCAAUAGGUGGGUAAAUGCUUGCACAAAUAAAACAGGUGUGUGAACGGUGUUUAUGUGGGUUUACCCUCCACUACACCACUGAUCAGAACAUCCCCUCCCUUGAUUUGGGCCCACAUAAUUAUUUUAUUUUUUACCAAUCCUGGAAGGUGCAGCUUGGCAUGAACCUUGAUUCAGGAGUUAACAACACACAACUGACAGGAACGACUCCUGGGUCACAGAUUUUAACCCAGGAGUCAUACUGGAAGCAAUGACUUGACCCAGGAGUUGGACUGGAAGCAAUGACUUGACCCAGGAGUCAUUAUUGUCAGUCAUGUGCUGUUUACUCCUGUUGUUGGUAAUGCCAAGCUACUCUUUCCUGGAUGUGUUUAUUUGUUUAUUUUAUUCACCCUUUAAUUUGUAAGAUGAGUGCCAUGACCCCGAGGGGCAAUAUCUGUGAUGGCCCGAUAUCUAAAUAUUUUCAGGACACAUAAAUAUACCUCUCUGCCAAAUGUUGUGCUUUUAUCACAAAAUGAACGAUCAUUAUGGAAAUAUCAGCUUAGCCACCCUAUUAUAUGUAAUAAUAAAUAAUAUAUAUGUGACGAUAUCCAAGAGAUGCAUCCAAGGGGGCUGUAGGAAGCCCAGCAGCUAAGGAGUUGGACCUGUAACCGAAAGGUCACCAGUUUGAUUUUUUUAUUUUAUUAUUAUUGUCACAUACACCGGGAGCUGGAAUAAGGGGGGAACUGAUCUGGUAACUGUUCAGUUCCUGACAACAAUUCCCUUCCGUUGGGCCCUUGAGCAAGGCCCUUAAACCCACAACAUACUCUCCAUCCAAGGGCGCUGCACUACGUGUGUGUGUGCGGGAUGUGUGCUAUCUGGGAGAGUUGAGGAAUGAGAGCAGAAGACACAUUUAUGUUGUUCUCUGUAACAUGGACAAUAAAGGCCUGGAACCAAUGUCAAGUUAGGCCUACAGUGUGUUUUCUGUCAAGAUACGCCCAAAACAUGUAUUCUUAGGAUAACACUUAGGGGGUUGGGUACUGUGGCUGUGAACAUACACAUUUGUGUUGUACAAUGGAUAAAUAAAUAACUAUUUCAGUGUUACUGAUAACUUUUAGUUAUGUAAUGAAAAUGAACUUUUAUUUUGAAAACUCCUUAUGAAUGAUAUUGAAUAAUGUGUUAUGAAGGUUGUUAUGAAUCAUACUGCAAUACUCAUGAAGGUGUUAUUACUGGUUUCAUAAAGGUGUUGUGAAUGUCUUAUGAAUAACACCUCCAAGUAAAGUGUUAUGUAGAUGUAAGUGGGAGAUUUGCUGGAGGUUUUAGUUUAUAGACUAAUAAUCCAAGUGAGAAAAAGAAACAGCCUCAUGACUUUCGCGCAAUGUUCUUUUCUGUAUGUUUAUUUUCCAGGAUGAGAACAUAAUGAACUCCAUGCAGCUUUUUGAGAACGUGCUCUAGAGCCCAGCAGAACGUUCUACGCCAUUCCACCAACGUCCGAUCCUGUACUUCUGUCUAGACACAACCCCUGUCCAAUCCCAAGACACCCACUUACACACACACACACACACCCUAAAUCUAGUGCAGUAUGUAUAGGAUUAGCUAAUCCACAGAUAUGUACAUGUGUAGAAACUAGUUCCUUUACUGCUGCACUAGUCUCAACCUGCCACUGCUUCUGGACUAAAGAGAACACUAGAGAAAGAGAAGAGAAGAGACGAGACGAGACGAGACGAGACGAGACGAGACGAGACGAGACGAGACGAGACGAGACGAGACGAGACGAGACGAGACGAGACGAGAACUACUGGGACCUCUGCUACUUUAAAGCUUCUCAGCCUCCCAAAGAAAAGAGAAAGAAGGACCAAACUGCUCAACACUGCUGAUCCUAUGAGCUUCUAG